AGAGGAGGUAACGCUGAGGGAAGAGGCGGCGGCCGCACAGCACUCGGGGAGACGGAGGAGGAUAAGGAAGGGGAGAGGAGGAAGAAGGAGGAGAAGGAGCGGUGGCUCUCGGCGGAUCCUGGUGGCUCCCGGGAUCAGGCGGGAAUCUCCAAUUCAUUGCUUGCUGAGUGUCCUCUGUGGUGGAAGUCAUGUCCAUAUUGCCAUUCACUCCACCAGUUGUGAAGAGACUUCUGGGGUGGAAAAAAUCUGCUGGUGGCACUGCAGGGGCUGGUGGUGGUGAGCAGAAUGGUCAGGAGGAGAAGUGGUGUGAGAAAGCAGUGAAAAGCUUGGUCAAGAAGCUAAAGAAAACAGGACAGCUGGAUGAGCUUGAGAAGGCAAUUACCACUCAGAAUUGCAAUACAAAAUGUGUGACAAUACCAAGCACUUGCUCUGAAAUUUGGGGACUGAGUACACCAAACACGAUAGAUCAGUGGGAUACAGCAGGCCUUUACAGCUUCUCUGAACAAACCAGAUCCCUCGAUGGCCGUCUGCAGGUGUCUCACCGCAAGGGACUGCCUCAUGUCAUUUACUGCCGCCUCUGGCGCUGGCCAGACCUGCACAGCCACCAUGAACUUAAGGCAAUUGAAAACUGUGAAUAUGCUUUUAAUCUUAAAAAGGAUGAAGUAUGUGUAAACCCUUACCACUACCAGAGAGUGGAGACACCAGUCUUGCCUCCUGUGCUCGUGCCACGGCACACUGAGAUCCUAACGGAGCUGCCACCUCUGGAUGACUAUACCCAUUCCAUUCCUGAGAACACUAACUUUCCAGCUGGGAUUGAGCCACAGAGCAAUUACAUACCAGAAACACCUCCUCCAGGAUAUAUCAGUGAAGAUGGAGAAACAAGUGACCAGCAGCUGAACCAAAGCAUGGAUACAGGGACACCUUCCACUACCCCAGGUUGCUCCCAGCCCUGUCCAGCCUGGCCUUGGACACUUCCAGGAUCUCCAGCAGAGCUGUCUCCUAGUACUCUCUCUCCAGUUAAUCAUAGCCUGGACUUGCAACCAGUUACUUACUCGGAGCCUGCGUUUUGGUGUUCAAUAGCAUAUUAUGAGUUGAAUCAAAGAGUGGGAGAAACCUUCCAUGCGUCUCAGCCUUCCCUGACUGUAGAUGGCUUUACAGAUCCAUCAAAUUCAGAGCGAUUUUGUCUAGGUCUGCUUUCCAAUGUAAACAGAAAUGCUACAGUGGAAAUGACAAGGCGACAUAUAGGCAGGGGAGUGCGUCUGUACUACAUUGGCGGAGAGGUUUUUGCCGAGUGCCUGAGUGAUAGCGCGAUCUUCGUUCAGAGCCCCAACUGCAAUCAAAGAUACGGCUGGCAUCCUGCAACUGUGUGCAAGAUUCCUCCAGGAUGCAAUCUAAAAAUCUUUAAUAACCAAGAAUUUGCUGCUCUUCUGGCUCAAUCUGUGAAUCAGGGCUUUGAAGCAGUUUAUCAGCUGACUAGAAUGUGUACCAUAAGAAUGAGCUUUGUUAAAGGAUGGGGGGCUGAAUACAGGCGGCAGACGGUAACAAGCACUCCUUGCUGGAUUGAGCUUCACCUGAACGGGCCUCUACAGUGGCUGGACAAAGUAUUGACUCAGAUGGGCUCCCCUUCAGUUCGCUGCUCCAGCAUGUCCUAAAACUCUCCUCUGUCACCUGUGGGCUAAAAACCGAGUCCAGUCAACAGACUUAAUAUAACAGCUCGUCUGUCGUAGUAUUUGUGUGUGGUCCCCAUGAACUGUUUACUAUCUAAAAAGGUUUUUUAAAAAGGAAAAAAAAAAAAAAAGAA